UCGGUCAUGGCAGCUCGUACUCUCCGCUUAAUAAAACCUUCAAGGAUCGGGAUGGUCCCAGUUAACUUACCAGAAACAGUCAGUAUGGAGCAAAAAGGGAAUUGGAUUAGAUUGACAGGCCCCCGAGGCUCUUUAUUUAAACACUUCGAUUCUUCUGUUAAAAUAGAAAAGAUAAAGAACACAAUAAUUGUUUCCAUGGCCCAGCAGACCCAAAGAGCAAAGGCUUAUCAAGGAACUUAAUUCUUAUAUAAUUAGAAAUCCAUUAGCGGAACAUCUGAGAUGUGUUAUUAAAAAUGUUCAGGAACCUCCCGUACUAUUAUCGAGAACAUGAUUGAAGGUUUAAUAGACGGACACGCAAAAAUUUUACAACUUGUUGGAAUCGGUUACCGUGCUAGCAUAGAAGACAAAAAUUUAUGCCUAAACGUUGGUUAUAGCGAUACUAAAAAGUUACCUAUACCUGAUGACUUGGAAGUUAUCCUUUCUGGACAAACAACCAUAAUUGUAUACGGUAACGAUAAGCAGGAAGUAGGAGAGUUUGCUAGCCUUGUGCGAAAAGUUAGAAAACCUGAGGUUUACAAAGGAAAAGGGAUUCGCUACAAAGAUGAAAUCGUCCGAAUUAAAGCUCCGUCUUCUAAGAAAUAAUUAAAGUCUUUAUAAAUGUC